AUGGCUUUCGCAGAGCACUCAUCGCUGACCCCUCACCGCCGGGACCUCUGUAGCCGCUCUAUCUGGCUAGCAAGGAAGAUUCGUUCAGAUCUGACUGCUCUUAUGGAAUCUUAUAUGAAACAUCAGGGCCUGAACGAGAACAUAAACCUGGACUCUGUGGAUGGUGUGCCAGUGGCAAGCACUGAUCGAUGGAGUGAGCUGACUGAGGCAGAACGACUCCAAGACAACCUCCAAGCUUAUCGUGCCUUCCAUGUUAUGUUGGCCAGGCUUUUAGAAGACCAACAGGUACAUUUUACUCCAGCUGAAGGGGACUUCCAUCAAGCAAUACAUACCCUUCUACUCCAAGUUGCUGCCUUUGCUUACCAACUGGAGGAAUUAAUGAUGCUCCUGGAACACAAGAUCCCCCCCAAUGAGGCUGAUGGGAUGCCUACCGUUGUUGGAGAUGGUGGUCUCUUUGAGAAGAAGCUGUGGGGCCUGAAGGUGUUGCGAGAGCUUUCACAGUGGACGGUUAGAUCCAUUCGUGACCUUCGAGUCAUUUCUUCUCAUCAGACUGGGAUUCCAGCACACGGGAGCCAUUAUAUUACUAAUGACAAGAAAAUAUAG